AUGACCUCCGGACUCAACGCAGACUCAAUUUGUUUUUUUUUUUUUGUCUUUCGUUCCCUACCACAUUCCAUUUUCCCGCCACACUACAUUUUCCCGCCACACCAUUUUCCGCCAUUAGUUCAUUCAAGCAUUCGUUUUAUUUUUGACUUCAUAUUUCAACCUCCACUGAUUUGGACCUUCUUUCUUUCUUUCUUUCUUUCUUUCUUUCUUUCUUUCUUUUAUAAACACCAUCUCCCGUCCAUUUUUCUUGUAUACAUUUUUCUUCACUUCGAUUUUCUUUCUUUCUUUCUUUCUUUCUUUCUUUCUUUCUUUCUUUCUUUCUUUCUUUCUUUCUUUCGCCACCUCAUUCUCACGCCCUUUUCUUGUAUAAAGACUUUUCAAUUGUUUUUUCAUCUCUAUGCUUCUUUCUUUAUUUCUUUCUUUCUUUCUUUCAACUUUAUACUUGUCCGACCUUUUAUUUUCUUUUUCGACUCUUCCCAGCAUUUUUCCUGUUCAUAUCUAUCUAUCUAUCCUAUCUAUCUAUCUAUCUAUCUAUCUAUCUAUCUAUCGUAA